AUGGUAAAUUUAGCCAAAAGUAUAUAUUUGGUGUUGUUCAUCAUUGAGUUAAUUCUGGGUUUUUGCUGUAAUGGUUUCAUAGGACUAAUGAAUUGCAUCAACUGGGUCAAGAGCAAGAGAAUGACUUCAUCUGAUCUAAUCAUUACCAGCCUAGCCCUGUCCAGAAUAGGCUUGCUUUGGUUACCUAUAAUUAACAUUUUAGAACUAUUCCAUCCCAAUUUAUUUGAGGAAAGGAUAUCAAAUAUUAUUGUUGUCCUCUGGAUAUUUAGUAACCAUUUAAGCACUGGGUUGGUCACUGGCCUCAGUGUCCACUAUUGCCUGAAGAUUGCUAGUUACUCUCACUCUGCCUUCCUCUGGCUCAAAUGGAGAGUUUCCUGUGUAGUUAUCUGGAUUCUGCUGGGUUCUAUGCUUUUCUCUUUUUUCAGCAUGGCAUCAGUAAUCAAAGAAUUUAUUGUUUCCUUUAGCAGCAGACAAAUAAAAUACGUAGCAAACUGCACUGAAAACAUUGCAGAAAGAAGUUAUACAUUUAUUUUUAGUGCCUUCUGGAUGGUCAUCCAUUUUGUGAUAAUUCUAUGUUCAUCUCUCCUGCUCAUUCUCUCCCUGAGGAGACACACCCAGCAAAUGAAGAACAGUAACACUGGCUCCAGAGACCCAAACACUGAGGCACAUUUAAAAGCCGCCAGAAUCAUUCUGUCCUUCCUCUUUCUCUACACACUAUAUUUUGUUGCCUUUUUUAUUGUUAUGUUGAACAACUACCUGCCAGACCAUAAUUUGGCAUUGAUGAUUGGAGAAAUGAUUAUAACUGCCUAUCCUUCUGUACAUUCAUUCAUCAUCAUUUUGAGCAACAACAAGCUGAAACAGGCAUUUCUGAGGAUGUUCCAGAUAUGGCCUGAAAGAGCGGUCCUGGUGACCCUUUGCCCCACCUAA